AAAAUGGGAAAAGAUUCAUUUGCUUCAACAACUCCCUCAACUACCCAAACAAACAAUUCUAUUGUUACAUCUUCCUUGGCAAAUGAUGAAAGUUUUUAUUGUGGAUUUGUUACACAUGUUGCGAGUGCAACUCUUCUGAUUGGAGCUGUUGGAUCAUUAGCUUCUUCAAUUGUUUUGGCAGCUUUAUUAAAGGCCGGUGCUGAACCUGAGCAUUGUUUUCUCGUUGGAAUAAUUCUUUGCUCUUAUGUUUUUCUUGUGUUGGGAUGGAGUGUCAGAAUGCCUUCAUUGUAUUGGCUAUUUCUUUUAAUUAAUCCUUUGGUUAUCUGUUUGUGUGGCUUUUUCUGUGCCUAUCCGGCUUUGAAUACUUUUCUUUCUCCAAAAUAUUAUGAAGAAAACAAUUUUCAAGAAAAUACUCGUAAACAACUUUUAAUUCAAGUUAAAAAAUCUUUGCGAAUGUUAGAAUUAAUUGCUUCAAUUUUUGCCAUUUUAAUUCUCGGAUAUUUCCAAUCAAUUGUUUUUCGUGCACAUAAUUGGCUUCAAAAAAUUAACAAACAAGAAGACCAACAAAUUGUUUAUUUUAAUGAACAAAAUAUUUAAAAAUUGUUUUUUGAAGGAAGAGAGAUUAAGAAUUUGUAAAGAAAAGAAUUUGUAAAUAUUUUGUGUGGAGAGGAGUUGAGUA